UAGGCCCACUCCUGUAAAGCGGGAGAAAAAUAUUAGUCCGCCACACAUCAUCCAGGUGCCGACCACAGCAGGACCGACGAGACCGCAGCGGGGGCACAGACACCGAACGAAUACCAGGAGUGGAAGGAGCAGACGGGGGAGUGUCGGUUAGCCCGUUGCCAUGGAGGGCGAGGUUGUUUCCAUGGAGGCCGCUCAGGCUGCUGCCCUGAGUGCAGCUGGAAAGGUCCUGACAGACGACGGAGAGGACUUGAUACAAGGGGCAUCUCUAGCUCAACAGGGGGAGGUGGCUGGUAACAUGGAGAUGAUGGUGAUGGAGGGUCUCGAUCCCACUCUGCUCCAAAUGAAGACUGAGGUGUUAGAGGGAGGCAGCACAGUGACUGUUACUGGUGGAGACGAGGGUCAGAUCAUCACGCUCCAGGUGGUGAAUAUGGAGGAGCAGGCAGGUGCAGCAUUAGGCCUUGGUCAGCUUCAACUGGUUCAAGUACCAGUUACAGCAACAUCUGUAGAGGGGCUCCAAGCCACGUAUGUUGAUGCAUCAUCUAUUAACAAGGAUUCAGAGCCAGUAAUCUGUCACACUCUUCCCCUGCCUGAAGGCUUCCAGGUGGUUAAAGUGGGUGCCAAUGGUGAAGUGGAGACCGUAGAGCAUGAGGAGCUUCAGGCAGCCCACGGGGAGCUUCAGGGGACGACGGGAGAAGAUGUGGAAGGGGGAGAAGCAGCAGAAAUGGAACCGCCUAUGGCUCAGGAUGAACCAGAAUGGUCAAAGGACCCAGACUAUCAGCCCAUUAGCUCUAUCCGGAGAGGAAAGAAAGGAAAGAAGAGCCGUCUACGCUAUGCAGAGGGCGAUCGGGAUAUGGAUGUUUCUGUGUAUGACUUUGAGGAGGAUCAGCAGGAAGGGCAGCUGUCAGAAGUGAAUGCUGAGAAGGUUGUGGGCAACAUGAAGCCACCAAAGCCCACCAAGAUCAAGAAAAAAGGUGUGAAGAAGACUUUCCAGUGUGAACUGUGUAGCUACACCUGUCCAAGACGCUCCAACCUGGACAGACACAUGAAGAGCCACACAGAUGAGAGACCACAUAAAUGUCACUUGUGUGGAAGAGCUUUCAGAACAGUCACCCUGCUGAGGAACCACCUCAAUACACACACAGGCACUCGGCCACAUAAAUGCCAAGAUUGUGACAUGGCAUUUGUGACCAGCGGUGAGUUGGUGCGUCAUCGUCGCUACAAACACACACACGAGAAACCCUUCAAGUGCUCCAUGUGUGACUAUUGCAGCGUGGAGGUGAGCAAGUUGAAAAGACACAUCCGUUCUCAUACAGGGGAGCGUCCCUUCCAGUGCAGCCUGUGCAGCUACGCCAGCAGAGAUACUUACAAGCUGAAGAGACACAUGAGGACACAUUCGGGUGAGAAGCCAUACGAGUGCUACAUCUGCCAUGCCCGUUUCACACAGAGCGGCACCAUGAAGAUGCACAUUCUGCAGAAGCACACAGAGAAUGUGGCAAAGUUCCACUGCCCACACUGUGAUACUGUCAUCGCACGCAAGAGUGACCUGGGUGUUCAUUUGCGCAAGCAGCACUCUUUUAUUGAGACGGGAAAGAAAUGCCGUUACUGUGACGCUGUAUUUCACGAGCGCUACGCUCUCAUCCAACACCAGAAGUCCCACAAGAAUGAGAAACGUUUCAAGUGUGACAAGUGUGACUACUGCUGCAGACAGGAACGCCACAUGAUAAUGCACAAGCGCACACACACAGGGGAGAAGCCGUUUGCCUGCAGCCAGUGUGAGAAAACAUUCCGGCAGAAACAGCUCCUGGACAUGCACUUCAAGCGCUACCACGAUCCCAACUUCAUCCCCACUGCCUUUGUCUGCGAAAAGUGUAACAAGACAUUUACACGCAGGAACACGAUGCUGCGUCAUGCUGACAGCUGCACGGGUGAGAGUGCUGGAGAAGAAAAUGGAACCCCUACACCCAAAAAGGGUCGUCGUGGCAGGAAGAGGAAGAUGCAGGCCAGGGCUGAUGAUGAAGAUGAAGAUGAUGAAGAAGAUGAUGACGACACAGAGGGGGACUUGGAUGAAGCAGAGGAAGAAGACGAGCUGCUAGCUGAAAUCGAGAUGGAACAGGCUGAACCAGUCGUCCCCAUCCCAGCUCCCGUGGAGCCACCAGUCAAGAGGAAACGCGGGCGGCCCCCGAAGAACAAGAUAGACACGGCUGCCAUCAUCCGUGUUGAGGACGAGGCCACUGGAGAGGUUGAUGACAUCAUAGUGAAGAAGGAGGUCGGAGUUGAACACGAUGAACAGGAGGACGUCACCGAUGAUGGUGUAGAGCAGGUGGUGGUCGGUGAAGGGAAGUCGACCAUUGAGAUGGAGGAGUUGUCCCAUGAAGAGGGGACAGCAGAGGUAGCGCAGCUGUCCGGCGCCCCGCCCAACGGAGAUCUGACCCCUGAGAUGAUCCUCAGCAUGAUGGACCGGUGAUGGAUGUGAACCUUUAAACAACCCAUGACCACAUCUUAAUUUUAAAUCUUGGCAUUUAGGAUCACAAACACUAUCCUGCACAGAAAACAAACAUCACUGUUGUAAUUUAAGAUAUUGAUUUUUAAACAUGUAUCAACAAAGACUUGGAUUAAGUGAAAAAGAUUUUUAAUAAGGAUUUAACAACCGAAAAAGAUUUUCAGUACAUUUGAGUUUGAAGUGGCUGUAAUUGAAAGCAGUGUCUUUUUCACUGUUGUCUUUAAAGUAAAAUUAACUAAAUCUAAACCGUUCAUAUAUUUUUACAAUUUAUUUCCAACCCACUGUUUUUGUCAUACAUCUAUUGCUAAGAAAUGCACCUGUGUAAAUGGGUACAAGCUAAGUAGUAGGGUACCUUGCUUUAUUUUGGUUUCCAUAUUGAGCUGAAAUUCAGUGAGAUUUCUCAUAAAUUUCCUGAAAAAGAGCAACUACCUUCAGGAAAAUGUUACUGCCAUUGAUCACAGUCACUUCAAGAUAAAAGAGAUAUUUUGAAUAUUUUUUAUUAUUUUGUUUUCUGUGGUUACUAGGUCCCUUUUUAAGAUUUUUUUGUUUUUAAAAGCUUGAUAGACUGCUUAUCUAAAGCUCCCUUUUCCUACUGUCACCCGUAGAUGAUGCAUAUGUACUAAAUAUGUCUGAGUGCAAGGAAAGGCUGUUGUUUUUGUUCCAAUAUGUAGUCAUUCCACUUUGGGUUGAUGUUUUCCUUUUGUACCAUUGGCAAUGCUACGUAGCAGCUUGAAUGACAUUUUAUUAACUGUGUGUCAGAAGAAAACAGAUGUAUGACUGUACAACCAAUAAAAAAAAUUAGGCAUUGAGA